UUUACAUUUACUUUAUGACCUGUUAGUUUGAUUUAUAUUAAAACUAGAAUUGCAUUGGAAAAUCCAUUGACUUCAUUGCAUGUUCUUUGCAUUUUGCAUCUGUAAUCUGUAAUAGCAGAACAUGUUAUGGUAUACUAAUUAUUGUUUAUCCAGUGCUGUUUAAAUUCGAAUUUAGAAUAUAUUUAUAAUCAAUGUGAAUGUGAAAAGAAAAUAUUUUUGGAACUUGUAAGAACCUAUAAAAAGCAUUAUGGAAAAUUUCAUUGAAUAUCUUCAGUUUGUGAAAAAAUCUUUGGAGAAUCUAGACAGCUUUGAGGAGGUCCACAUUGUACUUGGAAAUGAAUCCUGUGAUAUAGACUCCAGUGUUUCAGCUACAGCUUUAGCAUAUUUUUUACAUAUAAGUAGACCCAAACAUAUUUCCAAAGAAGCACUGGUAGUUGCUGUACAAAAUGUUUCAGCUGAAAAUUUUUUAUUUAGGACUGAUAACUGUUUUUUGUAUAGACAAAUCCAGCUGCCUUUGGACUAUUUAGUGUAUAGGGACCAGAUAGAUUUUGAUCAUUUAGUGAAAUCAAAAAAAGUGACUACUACUCUUGUAGAUCACCAUGUUGUACCUAAAAGUUAUAAAAUUUUGGAAAAAACAGUGAUUCAAAUUUAUGAUCAUAGACCUAGAGAUGCUGCCUUUGACUUCGAUACAAAAGAAGUUGAAAUAAACAUAGAAGGAGUUGGAUCAUGUGCAACUCUGAUAGCUAAUUCUAUAUUUAGUGGGUUUGAAGAAGUUUUGUUUAAGGAAUUGGGAUAUUUACUAUAUGCUGCUAUACUAUUUGACACACAGGCUUUAAGUGCAGACACUAAAAGAACAAAAGAACUAGAUUUUCAGAUAGUUAAAAAGCUUGAACAGAAGUUCAACUUCACUGAACCUAGAAUAGCAGUUUAUGACAGAAUAUGGAAUGCUCAUAAUGACAUAUCAACUUUAAGCCCCAAACAAAUCCUAGUAAAAGACCUGAAGAUGGUAGAACACAUUCCAGUACCAGGUCUGCCCAUGUUAGUUGAAGAUUUUCUGAAAAUUCAAGGAUCCUAUGAAGCUGUAAGGAAAUUUGCAGAAGAAAGAGAUACUCCACUUCUAAUUUUAGUAGGAAUUGAUUGUUCAAAUGAGAUAAGAAGGGAUGUAGCUCUUUUUACUAGGAAUGAAGAUGACCCAAUUAGAAACAGAGUUUUAAAUUUACUAUGCAACUGCCAACAAUUUAAAGGUUAUGAUUUUGAAUUCAAAGAGGUUGAUGUUAGUUGUGAAAGUGUUAAGUGUUUUAGGCAAGGGAACUUGACUUUAUCGAGGAAGCAGAUCAUUCCAGUUAUUAUAGAUGCCUUAAAGCUGUCCUGAAUAACUAAAAAUAUUGUUAUAAUCUCUGUUGUCUUGUAUCAUGUAUUUAUGAUAACUUUAAGAAAUAUAUUUAAACUGCUGUCUCUUGUGAUUGUGAAUGUUGUGAUUUAAUCCAAAUUAUUAAGGCACUAUUGAUAAAUAUACAGUAAAAAAUAAAAUACUGGAUUAUAUCUCAUGGACGAA